UGUCACGUUACAUGUUUUGAUUCUGGAAUACAGUAACCGAAGCUGGCGUGUUUUGUUUGUAUUUUGGGGCAUGAUAUUACUCCCAUAUCGCGUUUUUCUCUUUGACAUUUUUUGUUUAGCUGUUAGUAGCGCGUAGUCUUCGCUAGUAUGCUUCUUUUUUGUCCGACCUGCGGGAAUGUUUUGAUCGUCGAAGAGGGACAGAAGUGCUUGAGGUUUGCGUGUAAUACUUGUCCCUAUGUUCAUAACGUCACGAGAAAGGUAAACUAUAGAAAGUACCCCAAGUUAAAGGAAGUGGAUGAUGUUUUGGGUGGAGCUGCUGCUUGGGAAAAUGUGGAUUCCACUGCUGAAACCUGUCCAAAGUGUGAGCAUCCUCGGGCAUAUUUCAUGCAGAUUCAGACCCGAUCCGCCGACGAACCCAUGACCACUUUCUACAAAUGCUGCAAUGCCCAAUGUGGACACAGAUGGAGAGAUUAACGGAUUUCAUUCACACACAUUGUGAAAAUAAUCUUUUGUUUUGUCUUCAAAUGUGAUCCCAGCUGCUCAGUACUUGAUAAGCAUAUGUAUAUGUAAAUAAUUUCUCCAAAUGACACAUUUUCAGUGAUGUACUUAAUUUUUAUUGAUAAAAUAGUACCUAUAUACAACCUUCAAACAAGUCUGAUUUACGUCGUUAUACAUAUUAAAAACAUGGAGAGAGCAAUGCAGACUGGCAAAUUUACCACCAUAAUGGCAUACAGUACUUUGUAAUAAAACAUUUUUUUUUUUUUU